AUGUUCUCCCUCCGCACCGUCUUCGGCGCCUCCUCCGGUGCCCUCCGCCAGUUCCUCCCCUCUGUGACCGCCCGGACCGCCUCAUUACGGCCUUUCUCGCACAUGAUUCGCAACAGCCUGACGAGGCUCCGUGGUCAAGCAAAGUCCGGCAAUGCUAUUGCUGUAGCGAAUGCGUCUGCUAGACAGGUGGAGCAGGUUCGGGGAAUGAAGACUCGGUCUUCUGUCAAGAGACUGUGUGAUGGUUGCAAGCCCGUUCACCGAAAAGGUCGUGUGUACAUCAUCUGGUGA